AGUGGGAAGCAGAGGAGGGACGAUUUGGUGGUUCCGGGUACACUCCCCGGUGGGUCCACUCCUUCGCACACACCAGGAGGUUGAGCAUCCUUUAGGUACCCGGCCUACAGACGGCGGCCCAGGGCGAGGCGCUCUCGCGAGACUUCCGGAAACAGCUGCGCGGCGCCUGCGGGCGCAAUUACCAUGGUAACUGGGCGGCGCCUGAGCGCGCGGGAAGGAGGCUUAAACCGAGGGAGAGGUCCGGCCUGCUUGGUCCUGGACACUUGAGAAGUAACCAGCCUCAGACUGUCAGCCUCCGCUCUCGGUCCCCGAGGCCAUGGGGCGGGUCUCCGGGCUCGUGCCCUCUCGGUUCCUGACGCUCUUGGCUCAUCUAGUGGUUGUCAUCACUUUAUUCUGGUCCCGGGAAAGCAACAUCCAGGCUUGCCUGCCUCUCCAGUUCACCCCGGAGGAAUAUGAGAAGCAGGACAUCCAACUGGUGGCAGCGCUCUGUCUCACCCUGGGCCUCUUUGCGGUGGAGCUAGCUGGCUUCCUCUCAGGAGUUUCCAUGUUCAACAGCACCCAGAGCCUCCUCUGUAUCCUUUCAGCCUGCCCAGCGUUCCAUCCAUUCUUCCCGCCUCUUCAGACCUUUUGGGCACAAGUCUCUGCCCAGGUGGUAAACCGAACCACUCUAGCGCCUUCCCAGCUGUCACUGAAACGACAUUAUUCAUCGCUGUCUUCGGACUGAAAAAGAAACCUUUCUGAUCACGACUCGGGCGUAGGGACCAAGGCUGGAAAAGUGAUGAGCUUCCUCCCGUCGGUGGGAGAAGAAAGGCUUCAGUUUUCUCUCUCCCUGCCCUUGUGUCCCUCCCAACUACUUCUAAGCAGAGGAUGGCAGUGUUGGGAUAAGAUCUCUCAAAUCUUGGGUUAUAAUCUUAUUAGAGCAUUGUUAAUAAAAUGCAUUUUAUAAUAAAAACUACGCUGAAGCCGGGCGUUGGUGGCGCACGCCUUUACUCCCAGCACUCGGGAGGCAGAGGCAGGCGGAUCUCUGUGAGUUCGAGGCCAGCCUGGUCUACAGAGCUAGUUCCAGGACAGCCUCCAAAGCCACAGAGAAACCCUGUCUUGAAAAACCAAAAAAAUAAAAAUAAAAAUAAAUACUACGCAGAUACUGUUUUUCAGAGGACGUCUGGGUGGGCCAAGAAGCUGGUGUAAAUAAAGGCUUUUAUUCUAGUCUUACUGUACAUGAGGUGAUCCUUCUAUUUGGAUUUUUACGGUACAAGAGAGACGGAAGUAAGUGGGCGGAGAUAUGUAAAUAAGCACCGCACUUAGGCUUUCUAGUUUGCCGUAUGUGAGCGAAGCAUUCUGGGAGGAUUGUAUUCCUUCCUUUUUGGCGCCGAAUGGAAAAUAAUUUAUAUUAAGUAAUUUGCAAACAGAUAUUACUCUAGGGUUUCAAGAACCCUGAAUCGUUCGGUUUGUGCUAAAAAACUGUCACAUUCUCACCCUUGCUUUAACCGGAAAUGUUUCUACCUAAUGAUGAAUGGGCCAGUUGGGCUCUUUAUCGUCAGGAGGUUAAUCCUUACCUGUUCCUCCUUUUGGAGGGCAGAUAGAAAAUGAUGAUUGGAGCUUGCAUGAUUUGCUGAUUAGCACUUCCGUGUAAUCAGGACCUGACAACAUCCUGAUUGCUCCUCUCUGAUUC